AUGAUCAUCAAAGCACGCGUCCUAGGAGAACAGAUUCGGAAGGAGCACGGUGUGGAGACAGCCAUACAGGCAAUCUACCGCGAUCUAGAAUAUGCGAAGAGUCUGAUCAAACAUCGCAAAGCCAUAGCCAAAGAAGGCGAAGGUUGGGACCUAGGUGAGGAAAGUUGGACAUUCAUCGGAGAUGAGAGUGAUCCUGAACUUCGAAGACGGAUCCAAGAGUGGGACGCGCCAUGGGCAUCGGAUGGUGCACAUAUGCAUAGUAGGAAAAGUUUCCAGAGAGGAAGGAAGCAAAAUCAUUUCGCUGCAGCCAAUUUGAGAGAAGAUGCUUCAUGCAUUGUGAAGGGUGUCCCUUCGAUAGGUCGGUUCCAAGCAAGGAUGUCUGGCGCCAGCGAUAAAGCUCGCUUCUACCUUGAACAAUCCGUCCCCGAGCUCCAGGAACUCGAACGCAAGAAAAUCUUUACAAAGCCUGAAAUCACCUCCAUAGCCAGAAAGCGUUCUGACUACGAGCACAAACUCAGUGCUCGCGGCUCUCACCGUUCCGACUAUAUUCGCUACAUCGAGUAUGAGAUGAACCUGGAGUCUUUGCGAAAGAAGAGGGUUAAGCGUUUAGGGGUGAAGAGCACGAAUCACAUUGGGCAGAGACGGCUUUUCGGCCUAUUGGAUCGGGCGACGAAGAAAUUUCAUGGCGAUGUGGGGUUGUGGAUGCAGUACCUCAGUUUUGCGAGGAGGCAGGGGAGCCAUAAGAAAAUUGGGGAGGUGCUGACGAGGAUGUUGAGAUUGCACCCUACGAAGGCGGAACUGUGGGUUUGGGCGGCAAAGUAUGCGGUUGAGGAGAAAGGCGACGUGGGGGAGGCGAGAAGCUUUCUACAGAGGGGUUUAAGGUUUUGCGGAAGAGAUAGGGAGUUAUGGGUAGAGUAUGGUAAGCUAGAGUGUAUCUUCAUCGCGAAGAUUGUGGGGAGGAGACAGCUUUUAGGGCUCGAGGGAAAGGAAGCUGUAAGCAUGAGGGAAGUUGAGAGCGACGGUCAUGCCGAUGUAGACGUGAUUUCUUUACCUACUAUUACUGCUGGUGAUUACGGGGCUACGCUCGAGCCAGGGCAGACACGUCAACAUGCGAUGGAACGGCUGGAUACCAGUGCAGCUUUAUCCGGCGCUGCACCUAUGGCAAUCUUCGACGCCGCAGCUAAGCAGCUAGGCCAGGAUGGUCGAUUCGGCCUUGACUUCUUCGACAUGAUUGCCGAAUUUGAUCAGCUACCUUGCCAACAGACGAUUCUCAACCAUGUGCUUGAUACAAUGCGAGCAGUGAAGCCACAGACCGCAAAUAUCACAAUACGUUUCGUUCGACAGUCAAUCAUCGGCGUCGACUCAGGCUCUCCUCAGUUCCCCGCAGCUCUGACCACAUCUUUGUCUCGAAUACAGCCUGCAAUCACGUCCCUCCCGAACGCUGACGUGCGAGUGGAUUUCCGUCGAGAGCUUAUUUCAUGGCUGUUGUCCUUCUUAGUCUUAGAAGACCUUGACGAAGGCCUCAAGCAAGUCGCAGAAUUAUCUCUGAAAAAGGCCUGGAGUCAGCAGAAGAUUGAUGUCGGCGAUCACAACAACGUUGAGUUGACAAACAUGGUAGCGCUGCUUGAUACGUCGAAGGGUGAGCUUUUCAGGCAGUUAGUCGAAUCGGAAAGACUUUGA